AUGCGCCUUCUCGCCCUUCUCAUCAUCUUUCCCGAACUCUACGGAGCCGUUAGUCCUGUGCAGCCGACGCCUCGACUGCUGAGCGUCCAAAUUCAGCGGUGCCCGCUCGCCGUCUACACCAACCUGCAUGAAGAGGAAGAAAAGACAAGCCGCUUGGUUGUCCAGUCCGAAUUCGACGAGACUAUACGAUUCCAGACGAAUGAGACAGGAACUAUCCAGUUCUUUGUGACUGGACCCGGAAACUUGUCGUAAGUUGACAUUGUUGGCUACUGUACCUGAAGAAAUAUGACUUCAGGGUUCAAAUUGUGACCGACAGAGAUGUGCUGACCGGACUCGUCGGCCGCGUUUAUGCUGAUCCGAACCUGGGUGGAGUCGUGUUCACCAAAGAUUUCAAAGUCGUGUCCCCAGUCCAGGAAACUAUUAUCAAAGUAAUCAUGAUCAAUGGGGAUGUCAAGAAGAUCACCCGAGUCUAUGCCAGCACUCAAUCUCUCGAGCCCCGUACGCGCAUGGUCCCUUCUUUCUGUACUUUUUCCGUUCUUUCAGCUCGCCCGCCAUCAAGUCAUACCUCCAUGAUUCUGACCCCAGAGGAAGAGGCUGCCGCGGAAGCAUUGGCAAACGAAUCUGGCACGUCGAAGAAUUCAACCCAAGGAGCCGAUACGAUCACUCCGCCUUCUGUAGACACGCCAAGCACACCGGUCAAGAACGGUACACAGGACGUGACGGCCACUAACUCGACCUUGAAAGUCGUCGUUUUCCCAUCUGUCGAGGAUAUUCUCCACGGAAAUUACUCGCAUAUUGAUCAGAGUAAGAGUGGUUGGAGUUUUCACAAAAAAAACCACAUUUUCUUUCAGAUGGUCUGCGCUUGACUAGCAUCAACUUGAUUAGAACCACCAAGAACGUCACCGAUGAAUAUGUCUCAAAAAGUAUCCGAAGCUCCUAGAAUUUGACAUUUAAAAAUGUGACGAUUUUCAGGCAAUGUCUACCAGACUAGGGUCAGCAACAACGAACGCGGCUUCAUCAUAUUCUACAUAUCUGGAAAAGGCAAGAAAAAGUAAGACAUUCGAUUAAUUUACAAGUCCAUUUUGUAAUCAUCGCAAUGACUUACAGAGUUUCGAUCAAAUCGGUGGCCGUCAAGAGAGAUGUCGUGAAAGUGUUGAAGACUUCCGGAGAUUACGUCGCUAUUCCCUAUUCUGGUUAGAGAUUUUUUGAAGGUUUUGUGUAAUACUUGAAUCUUUUUUUAGCUCACGCAGAUCGUGUCAAGUUGGAUCGACUUCUGGUCAAGGUGGAGAAUGAUCAGAAUGAGGCCGUCUACUACUACGUCACCGUCAGAAGAACAACCAAGUGA